UUUAAUAGGUUAAGUAAAAUUAUUUUAAAAAUAAGAAAACAUUUUUUAAACUAGCAAAAUAAUGGGAAAGUAAUUUUAAAGCAUUUAGCUUAUUUUCUUUCUGAAAACUUUCUACUGGCAUUUAGAAUCUCUCACAGCAUUCUGUAUAAUCAUGGAAUGUUAAUGCCAAAAGGCCUCAUGGAAUGUCUCUCUCUCUCUCUCUCUCUCUCUCUCAUUUUUCAGAUGUGAAAAUUGAUUCCUUAUAAAAUGAUCAAAGCACUGAUCCUUUCUGUGCUAAGAAGGGAAAAUAACUCAGGUUUUAGUACCCUUUUCAUUAUAUCACCUUACCGCUAGCAUUCAGUUAUAUAUUAUUUUGUUUAUUGCUCUUUGCGUGUCUGCCUCUAAUUUUACCAGCUAGUUUGUAAACCCCUUUAGGCAGUUUUUACACUUUCUGUUCUUAAAAGAGCUAUUACAUGAGCUAUGUAACAAAAAAUUUAGUUCAUAUGUACUGAUUGGUUGGUUGAUUUCUUUGAUUUGAAAGUGUUUUAAACUUAGAAUGCUUAGUGCAGUUUUCUGGUCUUCACUGAUGUCCGAAAGGACAUGCUUAAAAAGUAGUAAUGUUUAGGUCAUAUGAGUGAUUGUUUAUUUUGAGCUAACUGAAAAACUGUUGAUUUAGUACACUAACAUUGAAAUCUUAAGUAUAGGCAAAGGAUAACAAAUCCUGUUAUCCUUAGUUAAGUUACUAAAAAAGAAUGAUAAAGAAAACAAACGGACCUGAAUAGCAUCUGUAUGCAAAGUAUGCAAAAAAUGGGAGGAGAUAUUAGGAGAAUGACAAAUUAAAGGAAGUCUUUGUGAUUAUUAGAAGAUAAUUACUUUCACAGAUCUUAAUUAUAGCAUAAUUAUAGCUUUUUUUUUUCUAUCAAAAACUGCACUCUGAGAAUUUUCUUGCCAAAACAGGAUAGGAUGUUGUGAAGUAAUUCUGUUAAAUUGUGUGUGUGUGUGUGUGUGUGUGUGUGUGUAUUUUAGGACUAGCAUAAAUCCAGGAUGCCAAAAAACAUUUUAAGGUGGUUAUUGUUCAAAAUAGUUUCUAAUAUUAUUAAAUGUGUAAUAGACUGAGGAAUAUAUAGAAAUGGUAUGUUAGCAAUCAACAUUUAUUGAGCACCUGAUUUGAAUUAGUCACUAAGAUGAACACUUCUUUUAUAAUCAAAUUAGUGAAAGAGAAGAUAAACACCUUUAUAUAAAAGGUGUAUAAAAGAGGUUUAUCUUCUCUUUCACAAAAUGAUACCAGGUGUCAUAUAAAUGAAAAUUCAGAAGAUGAGAAAACUCACUGUGGGUUUGAAUGAGUCAAUAUACAGAAUUUAGGAACUGUGUUGGGGCUUAUGGUGAUGACUUAGAAACGCAGUAAAUUAUGAAGAAGAGUUGCGGCAUUCUACAUAGAGGCUCAAGAACAAAGGAACUAAGUAAGGUGUAGGAAUAAUAAGUAAAAGAAUGUUUGGAGAAUACAAAAGUUGAAAAGUUAGAUUAAGAGUCAGAAUGUUGGAGAUUUGCCUUUCUGCCUCUACUGUCCUUCUCCCCACUCCACCCCCUCAAUAACUAAGGAUAAAAUAAUAGUCUAACCUGCGGUAGUAGUGUUAGAAAUAGAAAGCAAAUUAGAGUCACUGAGAAAAAGUUUGUGAACAGGUGGUAAGAUAACCUAGUAUAAAGUUGUUAUUAAAUAUUAGAGUGUAAUGCAUAAUAAAAGUUUGGGUCUUUAAAUGCAAAAAUAAUGAAACACUUGAUUCUUGACACUUUAAUCUCCCUGAAACCCAUAUCCUUCCACAUGGCUGUCUUAUAAACAUGUAUCCCUGGAUUGUGAUAAUCAAACUAAAUCUAAGCUGCCUUAUUGUGUUGAUUUCUUUUAUAUCAGUUGGUGUCACCAUUAUUCAUUCAUCCAGUCAUCUAAUUCAGAAUUCUGUGAGACAUCCUAGACUUCUCUCACUGUUUUACCCUGAUAUCCCAUCAGUCACUCAAUUCUAUUUAGUGUUGUAAGUAGCUGUCAAUAUAAUUAUUUUUCUUUAAUCCAUACUGCUUAAUUAACCCAAAUCUUCUCUUGCCUAGAUAAUAUAGUAGCCUACUAAUAGCUCAUAUUUCCUCCAGCCUCCCCUUCCCCAUUCCACUGGAUGUCAGAAAUAUUUUAUUAAAAGACAAAUACAGUUAUUUUACUAUUGUCCAUUGUUUAUAUAACAUCAAAGCUCUUUAGUAUGACAUUCAUGAUAUGACUCCUGCUAAUGUCUCUAGUCUUAUUCGCUGAGAAAAUUUCAGGAAUCAUGUAGAACAACAUAGUUCCCUCAAUGUAUCAUGUCUUUGUAUUUAUAUAUAUAUGUAUUUGGUGGUGGUGUAUCCUCAUAGACCUAACUAUCCUUUUCUAGGUAUCCUGAACAAAUUUCUACUCCUUCCCAAGAUUUAUCUCUUCUGGAAGGCUGUUUUAGUCCAUACUCUUGCAGGCAGAGUGAGGCAUUCCUAUUUUGGUUACUCUCAUUAUAGCUCCUAACAUAUAUUGUAAUUGUGCAUCCAUACUUAUUUACCUGGCAUUUACCUUGAGGCCAGCACUUAUGCUUGAUUUAUCUUUGUAUUUUCAAGUACUUAGUUCAAGGUCUUCCAGGAAAUGAGCUUGUUUUUGUCCAUGAAGGCUGCUAUAACAAAAACUGAAGAUUGGGUGGCAGAAAAAAUGAACAUUUAUUUCUCACAGUUCUCAAGCUGAGAAGUCCUAAAUCAGGUAGCCAGCAAAUUGUGUCUAAUGAGUGUCUACUUCCUAGUUCAUAGACAGCUAUCUUUGUACUGUAUCUUCAACAGGGCACAAGAGUGCCAGGGAGCUCUUGCGGUCUUUUUUUUUAAGGGCGCUUAUCCCAUUCAUGAAGACUCUAGUCUUACGACCUAAUUACCUUCCAAAGCCACCUCUUAAUUCCAUUACAUUGGGGGUUAGGAUUUCAACAUAUGAAUUUUGAGGGAGGGGAACACAAACAUUCUGUUUAUAACAGAAGCUUUUAAAAAAUCAAAUGAAUAAUUCUUUAUUAUAGAAGUUACAGUGUUUAAUUUCAGUGUAAGAUUUAUUAAUAAUAUUCAUUUUUCAUUAACUUGUAUUAUAAAUUAUAAAACUGUAUUUUAAUAAUUAUUAUUCAUUUAAAUGCCUAUUUAUCUCAAGUACCUUGCUAGUCACUUAAAAAAAUUGCCAUGAAAAUUUCAAGCGACACAAAAGCAGAAAAAAUCGUGUAAUGAAGCUUCGUAAACCCAUGACCAAAUUUAAUCUUGGAAAGAUUUUGUCACUCUUAACUUCAUCAGUCCUGUGUUGCUAUUAUUGCUCCUGAAAUAAUUAAAUCUCAAAACUCAUUUUCUUCUACCCACUGUAUAAUUUAGUAUGUAUUUUUAUAAUAUAAGGACACAUAUAACUGCAAUACCUCCUAACUUUUUGAAUUUGCCGCAGCAGGGUCAGCUGCCAGCAGGAUCCAGCAAUGCUGGAUAAGAAUGUCUUUGAUCUGCUUCUUGGAAGCCUCAUUCACAUAUUUCUGGUAAUAGGCCACCAGAGAUUUGGAGACAUACUGCUGGAUAACACAAAUCUGAGCCACAUGACCACCACCCUUCACAUGGACAUAGAUGUCCACACCAGCUAACCACUCCUUGCCCAGAAGCAGAGGGUUCAAUAAUUUUUAAGAGUAUAUAAAGGUCCUGAUAUUAAGAAGUUUGUGAACUGUUUACUUAAGUGAGCAUAAGAAUGGUUUUAAUUCUGAUUACAGUAGGUUUUAAGUUUACCUGUGCACAUGAAAACACAAUCAUGUAGUUUUUUGCUUAUAGACUUGGAGAUUGACAAAAUAGAGCAGAAAUGAAGUUUUGUGCAUUUACUGUACAGAUCAGAUCGUUCAUUCUAUUCCAGGCAAAAAUGAAAACAUGACUGCUUCUUUUAAAACUAGGUAUAAAGACGUCUGUUCUUUUAAGUUUCAUUAAAGCUGAAGUUUAAUAUAAUUCAAAGUAAAAUAAAAAAUACUUGAAUUUACACAGUUGUUAUCCUGGGAGGCUGUGUGAAAGCUACUUUCUCAAUUUAAAUGAGAACAUGAGUUCUUGUUAUUUAUGACUCAGUGUGUAAAGAAGUAUUGGUUUUCAUAUGGCUAAAUGUUUGUUUGUUUUGUAAAUCUAUAGAAAUCAAGUGCAUUUAAUGCAUUUUCCCUGAUUCCUCUAAGCUGAGCAAGUGACUUAUAUUUUGUUUAUCAUUGUGUUUUGAAAAAUCUGAAAGCCAUCCUUUCAUUCGGUGUUCCAUUGGAAUAACUUAAAGCCCUUUGAUUUUAUAAUCAUAUGGUCAAGCUGGUAGAUGCUGAAUAUGGAAGCUUGAUUUAAAACCCCCUUUCCCUCAUACACCAGGUAACUACAUUCAGAGCAUAUUUUUGUUUCUCCAAGGUACUAGUAACUAUCAGCCAUCUACUGAGUAAUAUUAGAAUGUUAUAUAACUAUAAUUGUCUCUAAUGGGAAUUUUACUUUCUAAAACCUCCAGUUUUAAUUUCUUUUAAUCUAAUUGAGACAUUAUUUUAAUAGGUAAAGCUUUCUAAAAUUCAAGGUGAAGUUUUAUUAUUACACAAUACAGAAACUUUUAAAAAUUGUUCAUAUAGAAGUAAAGCCCUUCUUAAUACUUUUUUGGGACCAGAUCUUACAAUUAGUGGUAGAAAAGUAUAUCAUCUUUAUGUUAAUAAGGAAAUUGAAUUAGGUGCUUACGAUGGACAUGCAUUAUCUCAGCUACAAAGAUUUAUAGUUACCUCCUCAUUUUCUUGGGCUUUAGCUAAAAAUUUUACUAGCAUAUUCAACAACUAUAUUUUUUUAGCUCUUAGCUCUUUAGAAAGUGUUCAACACUGAAAAGCUUAUAUAUGAGGCUUUGUUGUCCCAAGAUUAGUGUCACAGUGCGCAGUAUUACUGAUUUCUAAGAAAGAGGUACAAAUUAAGAGAAAUUACAGAUACUAUUUGUUUUAAUAACUAAGAAAAUAAAUAGGCAGAGGGUACAUGGACGGUAGUAAGUAGAUUGAUGUUUAGGACUGUGUCUUAUAUAUUGGUUUAACUUACUGGUGUUUCUAAUAAGAGUAUAGAGAACAUUAAUUUCCUUAAAUCCACAGGAUGUGCUUGUUCUGUUCAAGGAGGAUAAAUGAAUGAAAGAGCCAGUAGCCAGACUCCUAUCGCCUUAAUUCCAUUCAAAAAAUAUAUGAGAAAGCAUUAUUUUCACUUUGCUGAGCUAUAUUGCUACAGAUACUGUGUUAGAAAUUGAUCCUACUCUUUAAGGAGCUUAUAGUCUGAAAGGAGUGAUAAAAUAAUGAUACAUAGUAAUAGCUAUAAGAGAAACAAUAUAACUGAAUCUUAAGAAAAAUAAAUUUAAAUUCAUAGAAAAGCUUGGGAAUUGGCAGGAGUGAUGGAAGACCAAAGGAGUUGGUAUUUGAGACAAGGCUUAAAGGAAGUAUAGAUUGCAUUUCAGUAGAGAUGAAAAUGGAAGGCAGAUCCUCAGGAAUACACGGGUUCAAAUAUAGCUAAAUUCCACAGAGCACAGAAAAGACAAGUCAUUUUAAAACUACCAAUUACCUUUUAAAUUUACAGGUGACUCUAGCUUUGAUUUAUGUCACUCUGUGGCAUUACAGGGAAAAUAGAAAAAGUAUGUUCCUUGCCACUUGCCUGAGUGACACUGGACAUGAAUGUGAUUUUAGAUUUAUUUCCAGUUUAAAGGACUAACUAGUAAUAUAAUGCUAAUGGUGUAAAGACAGUCUUACAGCAUUUGUUCUUAAUUAUUUCCAUUUUUGUAGAUUUGUACAAUGCAGGGGUCGUACAGGGUUCCAGGGCUACCUUGAAGUGGUCCUUUUGUUUUUAGAAGCUUGCCACUCCAGAGUCAGUGUAUAAAUAUAAAAACUUGCUUGCACUUUGAACAAAUUCACUAUGUGUUCUAAUGAGUAAAAUUUAAGGGAUUUUGUUACUAGCCAAGCAAAAGCUUGUUUAGAAACUCAGCUAUACUGCAAUCCAAAUUAAACUCAUUAGCUUCACUUUGCUCUAUGGAUACACAUUUUUAAUUCUUUACACAUUUUAAUUCUUUUAGUACUCAGAUGAAUCCGUUCAUCUUUGAAUACUUAACUGCUUCUACUACAACAAGUACUACUGCCAGUUUCCACUAAUAAUAGCAGUACUCAUGGCUACCAUUUCCAGAGUACUCACUAGGUGAGAUUGUGUAGCUUUGGGCUCACAGUAAAACAAGUAAAAUUAUGUAAUGGUUCUUACUAAAUGGCACACCAAGAUUUUUUUAUUUUAAUGAGAGUUGCUUAAUCAUAAUAUAUUAUUUCUUAGAAGUAAUUCUUUUGGAAAAGUGAAAUAGAAAAAAAAAAAUACUGCUAUGCAAAUGACCAUUAUUACAUAAAGCUGUAAAAACUAGACCAGAAGUUUGCCUCACAUGUACACCAUUCUAAGGUUGAAGUAGUCAAAGAUGAACAUAUACAGGAUGUACUAUACAGCCAGCCUGCAAGGAACUGAUGACUUAGCAGAGACAGAGGAGUUAAAGCAAUUGCUAUAAUACAGUUGAUGACCUACAGUACUUUUGAGUGGAAGUGUUGUGAGAGUUCAAGUUAAAAACGGAAUUUCUUAUAUAUUGUUGAAGAAGGCUAGAUUUCACGCUAUUAAUAAUAAGAUCUUUUCAAUGUUCCUCAAAUGACUACCCAGAGGUAAAACUGUUGCAGGAAGGACUUGAUAGCCUUGUUUCUAAUAGCUCAGUUAAAAGGAGUUCACUCUUAAAGUCUCAGGCCUCUAGGAUGAGAUGAGAUUCCCCAUUAUGAAGGAGAAUUUUGAGUGCUCUUUGGAGCGUCAGUGAAUUUCUGACACCCCUGUAGUAUCUGCUGGGCUUCUGAUACUCAGUGGUUGCUUGAACCACUCUAGCUUCAAGUAAAAGAAGAGAUGUUGAUGUAAUUUAAAAGAUUCUCACCCUUAGUGCCAUUGCCAUUUUCUACUUUCAGAUCUUUUCUUAUGGAAUGACCUUGGAUCUCAGUUAUUAUAAUCUCAUAAACAUCAAUACAUAUUUUAAUAUUGAAUAGAAGUCACAAUUUUUUAAAUUGUCUUUUGGAUUCUUCUUUUAGAAAUAGUGGGAACAGAAUUUAUGUUCCAGUCAGUGACUGUCUUUAAAGUUAAGUUUACUAUAAAAUUACCAAUACACUAUAAUUCAUUUGAAACCUGUUGUUUUCUCACUUGGGGUUACAUCAGCAUUAUUUCAUAGCAUAAAGCUGCCUGUCCAUACCUACUUUUUUUUGGUUACAGUGUUUCUGCCAAAAUGGAAUAACAAAAAGAGUCAAAAACUGAAAUUUACUUAUAUAUACCAUUACAAUUGUCUUUCUUACAUUCACACGUAAAAAUUUUGUUUGGGGCACGUAUUUUGUAUUUAAGGUAUUUUGUUAUUGUAGUACAUUUAAAAAAGAAUGUUGACACUAUUAAAUUAUCUUCUAAGGAUAUCUUUAAAAAUUGUGGCAUACUCUAUGGAGUCAAAUUUUACUUUUCUGGUAUAUUUUAUAUGUUGAACAGAUUUUCUUUAAAAAAAGAUUCUUAAGUGUUUCUGUGUAAAUUAAUUACACCUUUUGCUCUUAAUAUUUUUCUUCUCUACAGAGAUAAAUUACAAGCAACCUUUACAUCUUAAUGGAUAGAAAAGUAUGUUUUUGCUUUUCCAUUUCUAAUGAAAUAUACUGAAAAAGAUAAGUGAAUAUUAAUUUUAAUAAUUUACUAUAAAGCAUUUAGUAGCUUAAAGUGCAGCAAUUAAUUGUAUUUGGAAGUCAGUCUUUUAGGGGCAAGUAAUAUGCUGAUUACUCCUAAAGACUUAAAAUUUUAAGAGUUUCUAACUUCCAAAUACAAGUAUCUUAAAAAUCUAUUGGGAUCAAUUUAUAUAAAGAGAUCUAAUAAGUUGCUUAGCUUGUUAAGUGUCAAAAUAAGUAAUUUUCUAAAUAUAAUUCAUCUUCAUCCUUUCUGUGUUUUGUUUUUCAGCAGAUAAUUAAUAAGCAUAAUCUCAACUGAUGAAUUUCAAACAUAACUUUUUUCAGCUAUAAUGAGGUAUCCGUAAAAAUGAAUUUUCCUAAUCUUAGCAUUCUUGAGAUUAUAAGCCUUGUAAAAUAAUCUCUUAGAGCACAUACAAGUGACACAUAGAAGGUGUGAGUUUCUAUUAUAUAACUAGUUUUUUCUUGAUUAAAAUUAUCGGAUUUUAUAAAAAUAGUAAAUUUUGAAAAUCAUGAUUAAAGUUAUUACUGUUUAAAUUUUCUUAAAUUUACAUUUUUUAACACAAGUCAACAUUUUAGAGAAUUUUUUUCAUUUUAGUGAUUUCAAAGUUAUCAUCAAAUUAAGACUGAAGAAUGGUAUCUCUCAUCUUUUCUGUUAUUAAGGUUAAUUGGUUGGUUUUAUUAGGUUUUUCAGUUUUAACAUCCAAAUCAAUUUUUUAUUUCUAUGAAAGUACUUCAGUACAUGUUUAUUAUGCUAUGUUUAUUCCUGAUUACGUAGCCAUUUUAUAUCUUUGCAUUAUCCUAGCAGCUGAGCAAUAUUAUGAAGCAACACUAUACCACAGAAUCUUUGGCAGUGUCCAGAACACUACCCAGUAGCCACAUGUGGCUAUUAAACACUUGACAUAUGGCUAGUGCAGUUGAACUCUAAAUUCUUAACUUUAUUUAAUGUUAAUCAGCUUAAAUUUAAAUAGGCACAUGUGGCUAGUGACAGCGAAAGAAACUCUAGCACUUGCUUUGGGUCUUCACAGAAACUGAACAAGAUUUAUUAUUUAAAAGCCAUUGUGUAAGAUUCACUACAUCUUUGACUAAAUAAUCAAACUUGUUUAUUCCCCCAAAUAAGAUAGUAGCUUUAGCUUAAAUAUUUAGAGAAAAAUGUGGCAAUAUUAUUCCUCAAAAUUAGUGCAGCCACUGCUUAUUUUCAUUCAUAGCAUAGAGCAACCCUUGCAUUUUUCUAAUCAGAUAGCAUCUGUUGAGAAAUUAUAUUAUAGCUGUUUUAGUUUUGGGAUCAUUUUUGACAUUGAGGAAAAUAAGCAGAAGAAAAGUAAAAAUAUAUUAUGCUUUGUGUGUUUUACAUUUUUAUGUGGUGUCUUCUCAGAGCUUCCCAACAACGGGGAAAAGCUACAGCCUAGAAUUGACAUUAUUCUCAGUUGUGAGGGGAAAAGAUUUCUUGGCAUGAGAGAAAUCUUAAAACUGAGAAGGGGCUGUGGAAAGGAUGACUUAAAGAUUUAGUUGGUAAAAGACAGAGGAUUUGGCAACUGUUUGAAUGCAGGCCCCUAGGAUAAAGAGUCGAAGAUAACUGAAUCUGAGCCAGGGGUGCUGGUAUAUGUGGUGAUUUUAUAAUCUACAGAGGAAAGUAAGGAGGAACAGCUGGUUUGAGAUAGAAGAUUUGUUUUAACCAUGUUGAUUUUAAGAUGUUAAUGUUGCAUCCAGGUGAUGUCACAAAAUACCCAAAGCCAGACUGGAGGGCAGAGAAGAGCUGGCUAGUUCUUCUCUAGAUAUAAAAGAUUCAGGAGACAGUUGGAUGGGUUGCUCAUUUUCAUAUCAUAUGCCCUUAUUUUUUUCUUCAUCUGCUCCAUUGUCUUCCCUACAAUAUAGUGACUGUAAUAAAUAUGAGUAGAAUUUUGUUUUAUGGAAAGAAUAUGGAAGCCAUAGAAGAGAACAUUGACUUGAGAGAAUCAAUAUUUGUAAGGAAGGAGAUGCAAGGAACAUCUAGGAAACAUAUAAAAGUAAAUGAUCAAAGAAGUUAGUGGGUUGUGAGAUAAAGUGAUAUGGAAGCUCAGCAAUGAGAGAAUUGCUUAGAAGGAGGUAGAUCUGAUUUGUGCAAAGAGGUAAGAAAGCUGGGGAUUACGUAGGGAGAAUCUCAGCUGUGAUCAGAAGACCGUGUUUACAUAAAAAGCAAAAAACAGUAUGGUGGUUCCUAGAACUGGGGAUAUGGAGAAAUGGGAGUUGCUGUUCAAUGGCAAUAAAAUUUCAGUUAUGCAAGAUGAAAAAGUCCUAGACCUCUCUUCUGUAAAACAUGCAUAUAGUUAACAAUACUGGGAUUGUACAUUUAAUUUAACAGGGUAAAUUUUGGGUGUUUUGUAUGUAUGUAGGUACAUAUGUAGGAAUUUAUUACCACAAAGGGAGAAAAAAGGAAGGAAAGUGAAUGUGCCCUUGAUACUUUCUGGAGACUGUAAUGUAAGCAGAAGCUGAGACAAGGAUCCUUGAUACUGGCUGAUAAUUUUUUUCUUCCUUAUUUGCCCCUAUUUGGGCAAAUUAGGUUGAUUGGUUGAGAGCAUUUCUGCAAUUACACUAAAAUGCUUGGUUCUGGGAUUGAGUAGGUGUGACCAUCAAACCAGUAACUCUGCAGAGCUAUCAUUUAACAUUUCAAAAAGGUAUAAAAAUGUCUGAAAAUGCAGUUUUAAAAAAGCAAAACCAAAUGAGUUCAGAGCAGCACUGUCCAGUAGAACUCUGCAGUGGAAGAUGGAAAUGUCUACACUGUCCUGUAGAGUUCCCAUGGCCCUAUGUGGCUACUGAGCACCUGAAAUGUGGUUAAUGUGGCUGAGAAACUGUUUUUAACUUUAAUUUUAUUUAAAUUUAGCCAUGUGUGGCUGAUGCUUACCAUGUUGGGCAAUAUAGGUCUAGAGACUUCAGAAAAGUUAGAGUAUGAAUCAAGUAGGAACUUGGUCCUUGAACAUUUGGGAUUUGAAAGGAAGAUGGGGUAAAGACAGUAUAAUUUGACCAGAACUCUAGCUUAUGGUCUUAUCUUUAAAAAAUCAAUAUUUUCAAUACAGUCCCUCCUAUUUAUUUUGUAUUUGAUCUUCCUUUAAAAGCAUACAGCGAUAGAAAAGUGGGUGGAAACAAAUUUUCAGAAUGAAAUGUGUUUAAUGUAGAAUUUAUGAACAGCUUUGAUCAUUUUUAAAAUUGUUUUUCACCUUCCUGUGAAUAUACAGAGCAGCCAACUGAGACAAUAUAGUAGUAGAGUCCUUACCAGAAAAGAUUCUCCUAAUGAAGAAGCAGAAACUGAGCUGAUCGUUUGAAAAGUGGCAACAUUGAAAAAUAUAAUUGAGGAAGAAUACGUGAUGGAUAAAAGAAUCAGAGUAUCUCAACCCUUGACAAGAGGACCAAGUGCCUUUAUUCCAGAGAAGGAAGUUGUCCAAGCAAACACAGUGGUUGAACGUACUAACUUUCUUGUGGAAGAAUACUCUACAUCUGGUCGUCUGGACAACAUCACCCAGGUCAUGAGUUUACACACUCAGUACCUGGAGUCUUUCUUGCGGAGCCAGUUUUACAUGUUGCGCAUGGAUGGUCCCCUUCCUCUACCAUACAGGCACUAUAUUGCAAUAAUGGCUGCAGCUAGACAUCAGUGUUCUUACUUAAUAAACAUGCAUGUGGAUGAAUUUUUAAAGACUGGAGGUAUUGCUGAGUGGUUGAAUGGUUUGGAGUAUGUGCCACAAAGACUGAAAAAUCUUAAUGAAAUUAAUAAGCUGCUAGCACACCGACCUUGGCUGAUCACAAAAGAGCACAUUCAGAAACUUGUCAAAACUGGAGAAAAUAAUUGGUCUUUGCCUGAACUGGUACAUGCUGUGGUCCUACUGGCACAUUAUCAUGCUUUGGCAAGCUUUGUCUUUGGUAGUGGUAUCAAUCCAGAGAGAGAUCCAGAAAUCUCCAAUGGAUUCAGGCUAAUAUCAGUCAACAAUUUCUGCGUUUGUGAUCUUGCUAAUGACAACAACAUAGAGAAUGCAUCCCUUUCAGGCAGCAACUUUGGGAUUGUUGAUUCUCUAAGUGAGCUAGAGGCCUUAAUGGAAAGGAUGAAAAGACUUCAAGAAGAAAGGGAAGAUGAAGAGGCGUCUCAGGAAGAAAUGAGCACUCGUUUUGAGAAGGAGAAGAAAGAAAGUCUUUUUGUGGUCUCUGGAGAUACUUUUCAUUCAUUUCCUUAUUCAGAGUUUGAAGAUGACAUGAUUAUAACGUCUGAUGUCUCUCGAUAUAUUGAAGACCCUGGUUUUGGGUAUGAAGACUUUGCCAGACGAGGAGAAGAGCAUUUGCCAACAUUCCGAGCUCAGGACUAUACCUGGGAAAAUCACGGGUUCUCCCUGGUGAACAGACUUUAUUCUGACAUUGGGCAUCUUCUUGAUGAAAAGUUUCGGAUGGUCUACAAUCUCACAUAUAACACUAUGGCCACCCAUGAGGAUGUUGACACAACCAUGUUGCGCAGAGCUUUAUUUAACUAUGUUCACUGUAUGUUUGGAAUCAGGUAUGAUGACUAUGAUUAUGGAGAAGUUAAUCAAUUACUUGAAAGAAGCUUGAAGGUUUACAUUAAGACAGUGACCUGCUAUCCUGAGAGAACUACAAAGCGCAUGUAUGAUAGUUACUGGCGGCAGUUCAAACACUCAGAAAAAGUUCAUGUCAAUCUACUUUUAAUGGAAGCACGAAUGCAAGCUGAACUUCUUUAUGCUCUUCGUGCCAUAACUCGGCAUUUGACCUGAAGUAUCACCCAAGGAAAACGUCAUACAUGUGUAAAGACCUUUCACAUAACAUAAACAUCAGAAGCUAUUUGUGAUAUAGCAUCAAAAAUUAUUCAGUUAUCUAGUGUCAAAGUUUAGCCGUUUGUUUUUCGUUUUUGUUUUUUGCGGCUGUAAUGUGCAAUGAUGUGUUUUAUUUUCCUUGAUGCUUAACAUUACUAACAAUUGCAAAAAUAAUACUGAGGAGCACUACUUUGCAUUGUUUAUAGUUGGAGUUUUGGAUACUGAUCAUAAAUCAAAAAUCUGGCUUAUUAAUGCUUAACUUCAGCGCUUUUGGGUUGUGUGUAUGUGUAUUUUUUUUCUCCCUCCAACCCUGCCCUUUUUUUUAACAAUAAGGACAAGCGCUUACAAUCUGCUCAAGCAAUUGUUUUACAGAUAUUGGAAUUCAGCAAAGAAUGACCUCUCUGGCCAUUCUAAAAUUUUAAUGUUGUGUCCUAAAUCUGGUGGAGGAAAAGCAUGCGCUGUUGAACCAAGCUGCUCACUGGACACCUUUGUGUCCCCAGGAGAUUAUUUGUCAGGCACUGUUUUUUUUGUUUGUUCAUUUGUUGUUGUUUUACUGCUAUUGGUGAUAACAUGAAAUGUGAUACAGCCAUUGUCCAUAAUUUAAUGUGAAAUUAAUCAUGAUGAAUUCUAUAGCAUGCUACUGAAAUGCCAAAUUCAGCUAUUUUUUUUCUCUUCUAAAACAGAAGUUUCAGUUUUCCUAUCAGAUGUAUAUAUUAAAAAUGGAAUUAUACACAAUCCUAUCACUGACAGUAAUCCUCACAGUCAUCUUAAAUAAUCAGUGCUCACAGUGCUGCUUAUAGUUCAUUUAGUUGGCACAUAUAAACCUGUACCCACACAAGACUGACCAAAAAUUUUCUUUGCACAUUUUUCCCUUCUCAUAGUUUUUUUCUAUAUUUUGUUAAGCAAAGGAAGGUUAAUAUGCCUAUUUUUUUCCUGUUAGGCUUUUAGAAAUUAUUUUCCAUGAUUUUUCUUAUAAUAGGUUAGACAGUUUAUUAUUCAAAGGUAAAAAUUGUGUUUCUAUGCAUUAAUGUGAUUGAACAAAAAAACAGAGUGCAAUAUGUUCAAAAAAUACUCAACUAAACUUUCCCCGUCAUGUCACUGCAAAAGUGUCCUUUUAAACAGAGCCAUAAAGAAAUUUUUUCAAAUUUCUUUAUUGCACAGGCUGUUUUCAGUUUUACCUUACUGGGAUUGAACCAUGUUCCUUUCAUAAUGCCAAAGCAUUCCCUUCCCUUCCCCAUAAAAAUUUCCUUGGACAAUUGGUUAAAAAAAGAUAUCAAGUCAUAGGGGAGGAAUAAGCGGCCAAAAAGUCACAUUUUUGCAUUGGUUUACGUUGCUUGAUUAGACUAUCUUCAGACAGCACAACAUUAUGUGUUUAUAGCUUUAAUUUGUAUUAUGUCAACGAACCAGUGAAGUGCCUAAAGAGAUGCUUACAACUAUCCAGUAGGACACAACUGCACUGCUUUUUAAAUACUUUUUGGUUAGUUAAGGGUGACUUGAAUUGUACACAUAACACAUACAUGCUAAUUUUUGAAAACAUAUCCAUUUUUUUUUCAUAGUAAAUAAUAUAGGUAAAAUGUUCUGUUAGAGUUCCCUAAAAGAUUUCAUUUUAGACUUGUGAUACAGGAUUUAACUUUUCUUUUGAGAAAGAAUUGUGAACUAGUAUUUCAUUAAAUCAUUUUCCUCUUCCAUUUAUCAUCCUCUUCUGGUACAAUAUAUUGGGUUGCUUUCUUUUAGAUUUUGUUCUAGAUAGGAAAACAAAGAUGACUGUAAACUUAUUAACAUAAGGUAGUUCUGCAUUUUUGGAUUCCAGGAUCCUGUCUGAAAUCUUCCAUGUGAGGAAAAAAAUCGCUAAUAUUUUUAAAGACAGGGUGAUUUAUUUAAAGAGAUUAUUCAGAGAACUUGUGCCAUCUCUCUUCUGUUUCAUUACAUAUGCCAUAUGUUUUAUUCAAUACCAUAAUAUGUAGAUCUGUAAUACAAAGAAAAUAGGAGAACUGCAAAACACAAACGGCAACGUAAACGUCCAUUUGACUUCCCUAACUUUACAACUUUCCAGUUGAGGAUGUCUUUUAUUCUUGAAUUUGUUUUUUUACUAUGUGCUUUCAGUUAAUAGCCCUACAUUUUUGUGCAGGUGAACUGUAUAACAGGAUAAAAAAUGACUUGUAUGUAUUGAAAAGAAGGAGAAAUUCUCACAGAACAUCGUAUGAGCUUUAGACCAAAAGGGGAAACAAGGUUUAAGUAACUAAAAUGGCCACUUAGUUUUUGUUUAUUUUUUUCCCUGGAAAUGUAAAUUGUUGGAGUUUAGGCUAUGAAAAUAUUAGUGCCUUUAAUAGCUCUCUUUCCUUGCAAAGUUUCUUUUUAGCUCAGCAUUGAUCUAGCUCAUCAAUAGUCAGGAAAAUAAGUUGACUUGGAACUAUAAACAAAAACAAAAAACAAUAUAUUUAUGAACCUCAGUGAACCAGCCUAGAAGAAUUGACUUCUGAAGGUGCUAAAGCACCUACUAAUACGCAGCAUGCACAGCAUUUCAGGUUGUGAAUACCAUUUUACAACGAGUUUGCUGUUAACUCUCUUUAUCCAAUGCAAACUUGAAAUCUGAUGCGGUUUUCCAGGGUGGUAUUUUUUCAGAGUAUUGAAUUUACUAUGUAGUAAUUUAUAGUAUAGCUUUUUAUAUUAAAAUGUGCUAUUUUUAAAAAGAGAUAUCUGGUUCAAUUGGUAUAAUGAUGUGAUUAUGCAAUAUGCUAAUCUCCACCUUGCGCUCACAUUGUGCCAAACUUAAAUGUGCGAGUGUACGUGAGAAAAGCACAUGUGAAUGUGAAUUCUUUAAUUCUUUGCUUAUUAUGUUAAAAUUAGUCUAAUAGUCCACUGAUGUGUAUGCUUGAAUAAUGUCUAUUUACUUGGGAAUUUCAAGAUUUCCAGCUUCAAUGAUAAUUUCUAGAUCACGUUAAGAAAUACUCUCCCAUCUGAAAAUAAUCUGUUAUUUGACCCACCUGACUAUGGGAGUAGCCAGGCAAGGUGCCUCAUUGGCAUCUUCAGAUGAGGCUUCUUCAGGUGGAUGUGUGACCAUAAGGGGAAAAGAAGCUUUUGAGACAGCUUAUUACCUCCUUCACCUUUAUGAACUAAGUACGUUGUCUCAGUCCCAGGACAAAUUUGUCCCAUUUGGGGUAUUUUUAAAAUAAAAGACGGCUAAGAUGGAAUCUGGGGCAUGGCCUUGGCCUUUAAUUAUGGUUUUAAGCCCAAAUAAUGGCAGAGGAACACAGGGCUGUUUUUACAACAGAAAACUCAAUAUAAGUUUUAUAUAAGAAUCCUAUAAAAUUUGAACCAGAGCUCCUAUUUGUUAUAAUGUCUCCUAAAGAUUUUAAAUGUGUCUGAAAGCUAAUUAUUCCAGAGCUUUUUCCUUUUCCCCCUUAUAAAGUUUUUUUCCAAAAUCUUAGAUUUCUAUGCCACAGCAAAAUAAAAUGAUCAAUAAAGAUCUGUACUUAAAACAGUUCACCAUUUUUAGUGAAGGGAGGGUGUAUGCCUAUAUGAUGGUAAGAUUCUUUUCAACUCUAAGGACAAUUCAUCAUGGAAAAAAUAAAUUUUAGUGCAUGUUAUAAAAAUGAUUUGCACUGUGUUAGCAAAAUAAACUGUUUUAGGUUGUAUUUUAAAGACAAUUCUAAAUCAUUUCUCUGGAAAGCAAGACCUUAAAUUCUUCUCUUUAAUAGGACUGCUUUUAUGCAAAGAGAUGGUCUUACAUGGAGUAAAGAAUAUAUAACAAUAAUGCUAUGUAAAUACUAUAUGACCUUUGCUUAGUCAUACAGUUCAACAGCAAACUGAAAGACAUGGAUCCUCUGUUCAGAUUGAGUUUUAAGUUACCUAAUUUAUGUAAUCAGAUCCUAUUCUAGGUGGCCGUCAACGUAAACUGUGUUUUCCUAUUAUAUCCCUCUGGAGACUGAGAAUCAAAUAAUCAUCUUUCUUCAAAGCAGUACUGUAACAUGAAUGUAUUUAUCUCAGUCAACAGAACUUCCAUGCCCACUGUAUGUGGAGCUUAAUUCAAUGCUAAUUUGGCUUAGUUAACAGACCUAGAAUAUGCCCAGGUGAGAUCUAGAACAAAAAGAGCUGGGGUGAAAUGAAUAAUAGAGGUACAGAUAUAUGUCAAGGCAGAGCCCUAUGAGGAAGGAAAAGUUUUCAAAAAAUACAAGGAACAUAGUGCUAAGAGUGUGGCUGCCCUCAGCAUCAUACACCUAGUCUAGAGAAAAUAUUUCCCACGUGGGUGCUCCUACCUGCAUUCAGUCCACCCCUUCCUGCCUGCUUCUUCUUCCUCCAAGUGCCUCAACCUCUACAUGCUCACUCCCCUCCCCUUCCCUCAGCCCAUGUUGGUCUGAACAGCUUUCACAAUCCAAACCAAACAUCACCAGCCACCUGCUGAUAGUCACCAGCAUUUACUUUUCUGAGUUCCUUUUUCUCCAUUCAUUGAAACUAUGGAUUCACCCCAACUCCUUCUAAAUCCCUCAACCAUCCAGCUAUAUUUUGGCUAACCUUUGCCCUAGACAUCCUGCCAGAUGUUAUGCAGUAUCAAGUGUAAAUUGUGUCACCCUAUUCUGUUCUACCCCUUUCCGAGCUGCCAAAAUAUCUUGCGCUCCUCUACCUCAUCCCUAAAGAGCCUAUAAAUUCAGAGUAUCCAACCUUUUCAUGGAUUCACUCACUGUUGUUCAGUAAUACAACUUCCAUAUUUUAAAUAAAUCAUAAAACAUUUUUGCCUUUAUCAAAGUAGGAAUCUUUAUAUUUAUACAUGAUACAGAAAUUGAACUAUUUCUAUUAUACAGAAUUAAGCAUUUAGCAGGAUUUUAAAGUAACUGAUUUGCCAUCCUAACUUGGAUUUUUAUUAGGUUACGAAUACUGUUAUUAGUCCAAGCCAUUUGAAUGUAAAGUCAAAAUUCUCCAGCAAUCCAGAAUGACUUGUAACCCUUCAGUGGAAUGGGAAAUUUCUGGCAUACAAAUAGGGUGGUGUUACAGACAUUUGUUUUAUUGGUGGUGUUUGGGCCUUGAAACACAUUUCUAAUAGAAGGACAUAAGGCAAAGGGUGUUUAGAUGGUCCCAUGGGAUCACAGAAGCUCAUUUGAUUUAUAAUAUAGAUAAAAUACCACAAGACUGGGUCCAUAAGGGUUUGACUAGGCUUUUGUGAGUUAGACUAACCCUCUAACCUCUGUUCCUAUCUUGUUCUUACGGGAGGAAAAAAAUGUUCUAUGGGAUGAAAAGAAAAUUCAUUGAGUUUGUAGUCUUUAUUCUCCUAGCUACACAUCAGGUAUAUACAGAAGGAAGAGGAAAUGCAAAGAGGAAGAAGAUGUAAUAGUUCUUCCUCUCCAGCUAGGUGCACUUGAGGUUGUUCAUAGAUGUAAAAUUAUAUCAGGUUUCUAACAUGGGACACUACAGAUGGUUGUCUGACCUGAUGAACCAUCCCGUUUGAAAGUAUAGAUUAUUAUUAUUUCUUGUGAUAUUUGGAUGUUCUCCAUCUCAUUCAUGAACAACUCAACCUGAUAGUAGUAUCCAAUAAAUGCCUAUAAAGGCUCAGGAUGAAUUGAUGUCCUAGUUAAGAUAUGAGACUUAAUAAUGGAGACUGGAUGAGGUGGUUUGUAUUAAAUCAUAUGCCAUGAAGUGUUCAUUUUAGCUUUAACCUAAAUAUGACUGUACCACCAUGAAGUACAGAAUGAAAAAAUAUAUAUUUAUAUAUGUAUAUGGGGGGAAACAGAGAAUGAAUAUCUGAUUCUUUUGAAUGCUUGUGGAAAUCUUUGAAAUAGUGCAGGGCAUACCACAAAAUAGCCUUUAGAAGAAAUACCCAAUUUUACAGUUUAUAGGACAUCAAACAUUAGUAAGUCUAAAUACGAAUAGAAUUUUUGUUAUGUAAAUUUUGCUAAAACAGUCUAUUUUCUUGCACCCCUCAAGUUAACCUCUUAAAAAAAAUGAAUGUAUAACUUCUACUGAAAAAAUAUCAGAGAAUCUCUCUGGUCUAUAGUGUUAAAAUAUUGUUCACAAAUCCUGAUUAGUUAAGUCCAUACAUUAUGAAACAGAAUAAACUUAAUAUACAUCUUUCUUAAAUUAAUAUCGUUGCACAUUUUCAACUGGCUCCCCAAGUCUAAUAAGGAAGGAUCAAAAGAUAGAAAAAAAGAAAUCUAGUAGUUGGGUGGCCAAGAAGUUUCCUUUGUAAUGUUGAGAGAUUUCUGCUUUCUGAAUUUCGCUGGUUCUCUAAGGUAAAAGAGUUAAAUGGUACCCUUGUUCACCAAGGAAAGUGAUCCAAACUAUGUAUCUAGUGCAGAUAUUUCCUUUGCAUUAUUUAGUCGUCUCUAGAGAGAAAAUACAGUUUUCCCCUUCCUCUUUCUCUUCACAUUUACUCUUUUCAACCCAAAAUAGGAGAUAUAGAAAGCAAACCACAGCCAGUUUGGCAUCUUCUCAGUGCUGCUAGUGUAGGCACAUAUACAUGCAGUCUGAGCAAGGUAAUAAAGAAACCCAUCAGGUCAACUUGGAACAUGGCCUUGCUACUUGGAUUAGCUCCUUUAAGCCUGAAAAUAACUUUCCUGGUCAUGGAAGAACUGGAUGUAUCUUUUAACUUAUGAAAUAGCAGUUGAACUUGAAAACUCUUUUUUAAAAAAAAAAAAUCCUGGUUUUGCAGGACAGCUACAUAAUGAAUGUAUAUAUUAAGACUUGGUAGCUGAAUUGCACAUGAAAUCAGAUUGCCAACUUCUUGACUUUCAACGUUAGACAUUUAUCCUUAAGUUGUGAGCGAUAUAUGUAGCAUGCUGUGAAACGUCUAUUAUAGUUCUUUAAUUCAUCAGUAUUAAUACAGAAUUAUCUUCUGCGUUCCUUGGUACUUUUUAUUCAAUGUAAUCAGAAGCUGUGAUGUUUUUGCCUUUGUAGUCCUGUGCUUUGUUACUGUAAUUUUUUUUUUUUUUUUUACGAAGCACGUGACUGGACUAAUGUAAGGCAGAUGACGUGAUCUUUAAGACUGCUCUAUAUAUCAGUCUCUUACUCUAUAAGGUUUUAAAUUAGAAUAAGCUUUUAUCAAAUAGAUAAUUGAUGCAAUUUAGGAUUCACACAAGUUUCAAUGUCAAAUGGCGGUCUUAUAGUUUCUAUUCUGAAAAUAGCAAACUUAAUAAACAGCCACUUUAAACUUGUUCUGGCAAACCAGAUCCUACUGUAGUUAUAGUCUAGGUAGUUAACCAUAAAAGCCUUUUCAACUCUUAAUGCCCUCCACAUGAGUCAGCAGUUAAGAAGGUUGUAGAACCCAAGAAAGCUUUUCGUAUGUAUUACUAGGUUUUGUUUUUCUUAUGUUGCUGAUUUUACAAUUCUGACUAAAGCUGAUCUAAAUGGAUCAGUUUAUCUGUAAUAUUCUAGUGCUUUAAUGCCCCCCUUUUUUUUUUUUUUUUUGGAGGGAUGGGUAAUAUUAUUUGGACAGAUGCAGAAGGAACUGUUAGUGAGUCAAGACAAACGCAUUUGAAAUAAAGGAACUGUGUAUUAACAUGUUAACAAUUCAUAACUGCACUUUUUAUGACAUUUUAAAAAUCUAUUUAUAGGUACAGAACAAUGGGUUUUGUUAAACUGUAUCACAUUUAUACUUGCAGAAAUUUAUUUCAUUGUUAUUAGUAGGAAUUUUAUUGGUUCAAUAAAAUUGGCAAAACUGAACACCAA